CAAGUGAUGAAAUAAUGAAUUGCUGUCUUCUUGCCAUGUUUGUCUUCUUGCCUGCCCUUCCUUUUACAGCUGCAAAAUCCAAGAAUUCAAAAGGAAGUCUCAACACAUGUUGAUCUGAGACAAUGGAAGCUCCCCGCAGCCGCGGGAGCACAGGAAGGCGUUUUUGCCCCCUCUGCUGCCCCAGCCCAAGGGAGGGGUUAGCUGAGCAGCCCGAGGUGCUCGGGGCUCUUCUCUGAUUCUUUAGAAUCAAAAAAAAAAAAAAAAAAAAAACCUAUUUCUGUGCAGCUUUGAAUUCUUUUGAACUAAAAAAUCCACCUUUUUGAAUUACCCCCCUUUUUAUUUUUAUUUUUUAUUUUUUGGGGGGUCUCUCUGGCUCUUAAUUCUUUUGAACCAAAAAUUCUCUUUUUCUGCGUGGCUGUUGGAAAGACACUAACUGCUCCCGCAUGCAGUUCCGCUGCCACAGGUUUGGUUGUGCUCAGUGGCUGCAGAAGAAUUAGAAACGAAAGGAAGCACGAGUGCCAACGGGGUUAGAAAAUACUUCUAUAUUUUUACGAUGCGUUUGGAAGGACGAGGAGCCUCAACGCUUCGCAGCUGAAGGAGCCGCCAGCCUAUGCUGCCAGCCGCCACCACCGACUACCACAUCAGCAAGGACUGAACCUGGUCAGAAGAGCUCCUGCUCAGGAAAUCAGGUUUUCUAGGCUGGAAGAAUUAAUAUGUUGGAUCAGAUCCAUCUGCUGGCUGCCGUGACAGUCCUGGGAGUCCUGGAGCAAGCCUACUUCUUCCUCCAGGUGAUCUACGCCAGGCGGAAGUUUGGUGUUUCUCCUCCCAAUAUCUCAGGCCCACCUGAAUUUGAGAGGAUCUUUCGAGCACAGGUGAACUCCUCUGAGUAUUUUCCCAUCUUUGUGGCACUUCUGUGGCAGGCUGGACUCUUCUUCCAUCAAGGUCUGGCUGCAACCUUGGGUUUGCUCUAUCUCUACUCCCGCUACUGCUACUUUAUGGGAUACAGGGCAUCGUCCUCGGAAAGGCUCGCCCCCAUCUACUUUAGCACUGGGGUUCUCUGGAUCCUUGUGGCAGUGUCGGCUCUGGGCCUCCUGCAUUUCUUCCUCUCUCACUACACGGGGCUGAACGUCCUCCAGCUGCUCACAGCAUGAUGCCCCGUCCCUCAUCCGUGUCCUCGCCUCUGUGUCCCACUGCCUUGCACUUGUGGUAGCGGAUGGCUUGCACCAAGUACAGCCCUUGGUGGCAAAUCCACCCUCACCUGAGCUUUAAACACCUCCCCCCUGCUGCCCCGUGCUGGCAGGAGCCACAGAGCUAUUCCAGAGGUAUUUUUCCCUAUGUGCUCUUUGUGCCAAGCGCUCCAUAUCUGGCAACUCUGUCAUGACUGAUACUGAAACAACAACAAUGCCCUGAAAAAAUGAGAAUUUUAGGAAAACACGACAGAAAAGUGAGCUCAUCUCAGCCCCACCUCCCCAGCCAGGACAGAUGCCAAGGCGUUCCCGUUCUCCCUGUGGGUACGUCCAGCCCAGGCACCACUGCGGUGUCAGUGCCAGCUUUCCGGGGCCCACACCUAGGAAAGGCAUUUGUCUGGAACCACCUGUGGGCUGGGGCAGGGUGAGGGGCGAGGGAUAAAGAGGAGCAGCCAUAAACAUGCCGAUGGCUGCGCUGUGCGAUGGUCUGCUCCGAGCAGCUUGCAAGGCAGCAGAGCCAGAGGGAGAGGGAGCGGACUCACAACCACUGCUGCACAUGUAACUUUGAAUACUGCUGAGCAACAACGUGCGUGGGAGCUACUGCCAAUAAAAAGGCGCUGAGCUUGC